GUCGAUAGCUUGCUACACGUUGGUAUCCGUUAGGUUGUUGUCGCGGUAAGGCCAGCAGCGUAGUUUAAUAGGGCCGACACCAAUGGCUUCGGUUUUGCCUUCCUUACUCAAUACACACAAUGGCCAGGGAAUGCAUGAAAACAUAUGAAAUUGACGCUCUGUGUAAAGCAGCCGAGACUAUUGCUUCUAGCGGACUGAAACUUACUGCCAAGCUAUUGCAUGACGAAGUGUGCUCCGACACGCGCUUGAAGGGCUUGGCGUAUAAACGUGUUAUCAGCUUUUUGAAAUACAACAAAGCCGUGCAAAAGUAUAUCCGGCCUAGGCCCAACGCUACCACUCAGCCUUCGAAGAAGCGUGCAAAGUGGACUCCGGACGAGGAAGCAGCGUUUCAGGAAGCAGUGCUCACGCUACAAUCCACCAACAGAAAAGUAACAGCGGGCGCUGUCGUAAAGGAGUUGAAUGGAAGUGCUGCCACGUACCAUCAAGUGCACUACCGACUUCGGCAGUUGGCGAAAACUCAGCGUCUUCUAUGUUCAUCAGAGGAUAAUGGAAACGUCAGCAACAAUAGCGGUGUGGAGGAUGGUGACAUUGAUGAAGACGAACCCGGCACCGAGAACGAGGCAGAUGUGGAUUCCGACGGCCUUGGGCUCCCGACCACCAGCACGCACUCGUGUGUCGAAGCUGCUGAGAAGGCGUGCAGAGAAGCGUUCUCCCAAACCUGCUCGUCCACAUGCUGCUGCUGUGAGCGACGUCUGUUCAAACAUUCAGUGGUGGAGGUCACGGAUACCAUGUAUGACACCCUCAGCGAAGUGUGGGCAACAAACCUUGCAGGAUGGGUAGCUCGAACUGGCAUAGGGCAUAUAUGCCAUACAUGCUUAAAUAGCAUCCGUAGGGAUCGCUGCCCGCGAUUCACUGUAGACAAUGGGCUUGGAUUCCCAGUUGUGCCAGUCGAGCUUCAGCAGGGCAUUCCAAAGCUAGCAGAAAGGCUCAUUGCUAGGCGGAUUAUUUUCCUCCAGUUAAGGAGGCUUCCUGCUGGGCAUCAACAUGGCCUCCGGGGAUCUGUUGUGAACGUCCCUGUUGACUUAACUCGCGUACAGCAGAUGCUGCCGCGGCACCUCGACGACAGCGAAACCGUACUGGUUGGCUUGAAACGCAAACUGCAGUACAAGCGGACCUUCAUGCACCAGAUGAUCCAACCCCAAGCUGUCCUUGGCGCAUUACGGUACCUUGCGCGAACACCCCUCUACCAUGACGCUCACAUGGCAAAUGAGGAGGAAUGGCUUUCACAAUUUGACACUGGGCUCUCAGAGUGGGAUGGCCUUCCUGACACGGAUGCAACACCUACCGAGGUGCUGCAAGCUGCAGAGGCGCUGGAAGCAAGCAUGGCGGCAGAGGAAGCAGCCCUCACAGACAAGCAGCGGCAGUGGCUACGGGCGAAGCUGGGCCAGCUGUGUGCCGAAGAGUUUGUGGAGUGGGGGCAUCAGGCGUAUGCUGGCACUCCCUUCCGUGAGGUGUAUGCCAGCCGAUGUGGCGGAUGCGACCUGCCACCAACCAUCGGUGACAGUCACAACCAGACCUUUGCAGAGCCAGGGUCAUGGCAUGUGGACGACAAUGGAGACCCUAUCUACUUCAAAGGAGGGUUGACGCUGACAAAUUCAGCCUGUCCAAGAACCCCUUGACCCUGCAUGUCAAGGAUGCCAAGUCCCAAAUCAUCCCCAAGCACCCCCUCCUGCCGGUGCCCCUCACAGACAUGGCCCUCUGCAAGGAUGGCACUGUCCCCCAUGACCACCUUGUCAACAUCCUUGCGGCUGUCCAAGGGACUUCUGCAGUCACCUCCAAAGACGUCCAGGGCUGCGCCACGCAGAUGCGGGAGCUCACCCUGGUCGCCCCUGACAACGACGCCUCCAUCUGCACAUCCACCCACAGCAUCUCCAUGUCACUAUGGGGGGACCAUGCGAAGAAGGCCUGGCAGGAAGGCCAAGUACUCCUCAUCACCAACGCCGCCAUGCGCAUCUACCGCACAAAUGGAACCAUCCAGUACUCCCUUUCCUCCCGCGCCCUCACCAGCAUCGUGGAGGCCAAGGAACCCCUGGCGUCCGAGUCCGCCAUCGGCAGCACCAGGUUUGCGUUCACGUGUGCCAGCCCGCAAGACAACAACUGCCCUGCUCACACCCUGACGGAGGCCAUCACCGCGGCACUGCACCACCCGCUCCGUCGUGUACAUGUUAGUGACUUGCGGGUGCAGCUUAAGGCCCUGCGCAAUGUGAACCACCCGUUUGCCUACCUGUGCACUGAGCCAAUCCCCCCAAGCAGCGCCCCGUGUGGCAAGUACCUCGUGGUGGCGGCUGGGCCAACCUACACGUGCUCCAUCCACGGCAAGCUUAAGAAGGCGCCAGAGACGUACAACACGUACGACCUCAGUGCCACCACCGAGGCCUGUGAGGUCGAUGGCACCGCCUACCAGGUUGACCUGCACUUCAUUGACGAGGCGCUGCACGCCUACCUUGGGAUUCCAGCGAUCAAGGCCAGCGCCAUCAUGCUGGAUAGCCGCCGCAGGUUCAACAAGCUCGUGCUGACCCCCCUCCUGGACAUGUCUGACGGCACCCUCGCCCUCACUGAUGCCACCCUCCGCGCCCCCAACGGAAGCGCGCCCUCUGACACCACUGGCGACGGCGCUGAGGCCUCCGAUGCAGUCGCCUCGGAGGACGAGGCAUCCACAUGCAGUCGUGACGGCAGUGGGGAGGACAGUGAGGAGGGGGGUGGGGCUGCUUCAGGGUCUGAGGAUGAGGAUGUGACCACGGGAAGCGAUGUGGAGGAGUCUGCUGACCACGAGGAUGAGGGAACGGGCUCCGAUGGGGAGGAUGAGGGAGACGAUGGCACGGAUAGCCCCAGCGAUGACUCGGAUGAGGGUGGCAGCGAGGGCAACUGAGACCUAGGACCGCGCGUCAGGUACUGUGCACACCACCGAUACCCCCGGGCUGCCAACGCAAUUGCGACCCUCCUUAUUGGCAAGACGACUUGCCCCUCAGGGCCGCAGAUGCCAGGCUUGACGGUGCAAUGAGCCCAUUGGCCCUGUGUUGGCCUGCCGCUCGACGAUGUAAACGUUUCCCUCAUG